AUGGGAGCGAGAAAAAUUGCUGAAGAUGGAGAUCCUGACUUCGCGUUCAAGGUGAGAGAUGAACAGCCUGACACCAGGCGGCAGGAUACACACAGCAUCCGGGAACGAGGCCUGAUGGUGGACACGGGAGCGACAUCUCAUAUCAUCACUGACGUGACCAAGUUCAAAAGAUUCCAGGAGACGUUCAAACCAGAGAACCACAGCGUCGAGUUGGCAGAUGUUUCUCUUCCAGGACAAGAAAACAACUUUCCUCCUCUGCCAAAAUUCUUAAGAGUACGGCCAUGCUUUUAUCAGAAUAUCCAGGAGGAGAUUCCGGGCCAACAUCAGCAGCUAGUGCAGCGAAUCUUCAGACUUUGGAUGAUUUAUUCAGCGACACUGUGCAUGAACGUGAUUGGCUGCAUCGCCUGGUGGGCCGCGGGGGGUAACGGCUCCAAUUUCGGCUAUUCGUUGCUCUGGCUGAUUCUCUUCAGCCCUUGCAGUUAUGUCUGCUGGUUCAGACCUAUCUACAAAGCUAUCAGAGCGGAUAGCUCCUUCAACUUCAUGGCCUUCUUUUUCAUCUUCUUCCUUCAGCUAGUGCUGGCCAUUAUUCAAUGUAUAGGAGUCUACAACUGGGGUGUUUGUGGAUGGAUCGCUACGGUGGUGAUUUUCAAAACAAAUACAGUCGCCGCCAUAUUCAUGCUUCCCACAGCGCUGCUUUUAACGCUGGUGACCAUUUUAAUGUUGCUGGUCCUUGUCAAGGUGCAUAGACUGUACCGGGGCAUCGGGGGAAGUAUGGGGAAUGCUCGAGAAGAGUGGGGCACCGGUACGUGGAAGAGUGCGCCAGUGAAAAGGGGGGAGGUCAGCAACAUCGACCCGAACACUCAAGGUCCAAGCUUGCCAGAGUACCCUGCAUCAGUGCCUAGUUAUGUGGACAACCGUGGCUGGUAA